UCCAUCAAUAGUCACAUGAUAGAAAAAUGGCGGCCUUGACAUGUAAACAAACGAUGUAUUUCAGACACGUUUUGAACUGUGCGCUUAAAAAUAAAAGGAUACUACACUUCAAUCCAACUCGUCACCGAUCAAAUAGUGCAGGUUCAUCAUCCUACGAUGCCAUCGUAGUGGGGGCAGGUCACAAUGGACUGGUCUCCGCUGCAUAUUUAGCAAAAAGUGGUUUAAGAGUGUGUGUGUUAGAGAGACGCCAUGUUAUUGGAGGAGCAGCCGUGACGGAGGAGAUCGUACCAGGUUUCAAAUUUUCCAGAGCAUCAUAUGUUCUAAGUUUACUCAGGCCAAAGAUAGUUGAGGAUUUGGAAUUAAAGAAAUAUGGACUGAAGGUUUACCUGCGGAACCCUAGCUCCUAUACCCCUCUACUGGGACGGACAGGGAGGGGCUCCUCCCUCACCCUGGGGCCAGACCAGGCUGAAACACACAGACAGAUAGCGCAAUUCUCCGAGAAAGAUGCAAAAAGAUUCUUUGAAUACGAGGCACUACUGGACGACAUUGUUACAGCUGUUGACCCCCUCCUGGAUUCUCCUCCACCCCACCUCCCUAGUCUGACCAGUUCAAACAUCAGGGAGAAACUGAAAACUUUACCCGCCAUCAAAACCCUGCUGAAAUCUUUACGCACACUGGGUACAGACUCUGAUGCUUUCUAUGAGUUUAUGACAGCACCAACAACAAAGAUUCUGAACAAAUGGUUUGAGUCUGAGCCUUUGAAGGCGACACUGGCCACUGAUGCUGUAAUAGGCGCCAUGAUGUCCCCAGAGUCACCUGGAAGUGGAUAUGUCCUUCUUCACCAUGUGAUGGGAUGUCUGGAGGGAAAGAAGGGAGCCUGGGGGUAUGUGGAGGGAGGGAUGGGGGCGGUGUCCCAGGCCAUCGGUAACUGUGCAAUGGACCAUGGAGCAGACAUCUUUACCAGUCAGCCUGUUAAAGAAAUUCUGAUUGAGAAUGAUGCUGUGAAGGGUGUUUUAUUAGAAGAUGGCAAGGAAAUCUGGGCCAAAGCUGUGAUAUCUAAUGCUACUCCCAAGGUCACCUUUCUUGAUCUUAUUCAGGAGAACAAGCUUCCAAAAGACUUGGUGGAGGGUGUGCGGGCUAUUGAUUUUACCUCCCCCGUAACAAAAAUUAAUGUUGCUCUGAGCAGACUUCCAGACUUUACAGCAGAUCCCAACGUGUCAAAGAACGAGCCCAUGCCACAUCACCAGUGUACGAUUCACCUCAACUGUGAAAAUACGAGACUCAUUCAUGAUGCCUUCCUUGAUGCUCAGUCAGGAACUUACUCCAAAAAGCCGAUGAUAGAGAUGGUGAUCCCGUCCAGUAAGGACCCCACCUUGGCUCCCCAGGGGGCCCAUGUCUGUCUGAUGUUUACCCAGUACACCCCGUACCGCCUCAACGGACAAGACUGGACAGAGCAGGACAAAAACAACUACGCCGACAUAGUAUUUGACACUGUGGAGCAGUACGCUCCAGGCUUCAAGGAGAGCGUCGUCGGGCGGGACAUCCUGACCCCUCCAGACCUGGAGAGAGUGUUCGGCUUGACAGGCGGGAACAUUUUCCAUGGUGCCAUAUCAUUGGACCAGCUGUUCAUGUGUCGACCCACAAGUCAGCUAAGUAACUACAGGGGCCCCAUACAGGGACUGUAUCUAGGAGGAAGUGGAGCCCACCCAGGUGGUGGAGUGUUAGGGUCCCCCGGGAGACUGGCUGCAGAGACACUGUUAUCAGACUUCAAGAAACUCUGACCAUCCAAAUAGGAACAAUCUCAAGCAUGUGACUAUUCCAUAACCUACCAUCUAAUUUUGGUAUAAAGGUCAUGUCUUUCCUUAUUAAGCAGAAAAAAAAUGAUGCACACAAUGUUUAUUUAUGUCAUGCAUGUAAUCAGAGAAAUUCCUCAGAUUGUGCCAAAACUUUAUAUUAUUGUAAAAUAUUUCGGCUGUGUGAACCCAGCCUUUAGGACAGAAAGCACCCAAGGAUACCUUUAACAGUAAUUUUUGCUGCUAUGAUCUAAUUUUGCUUUGUUUGCGAUCUCUUUUCUCAAAUUAUUGAAUAUGCAAAUAUUUUAUGAAGUCCUGUAUUAUUUUCUAUUAGAAACUUGUGCAAUCGCUAAAAAUGACUGACGCAUAUUAAAAUUGCUACAUAUUUUUACCAUUUUCACAAAUUUUGUUGACACAGGAAAAAACUGGAUAUAAGGUAAUUAUUUUGCCAAUCUGUUUUUCCUUGUUGGCUACAGUAUCCAGUGCAUGGCUAGAUAAUGCUGAGAAUAAUUCUUUGUGGUUGUAUAAUUUUGUACAUCAGAUAAUUUAAUUUGAAUUUUUGUUGUACAUUAAACACGUGACAAUCAUCAA